UAAGUAAGCUAUUCCUUUCAUAUAUCUAUAAAAAAAACUCAGGAAUUGUGUUUCUUUAAGACUUAGUGAUAAUUUCAAUCAAAUCAUAUUAAGGCAGCAGAAGAUCGAGCUCGUGCGCGUGUGCGUUUUGUAUUUCGACAACUUUCCAUUCACUAAUCAUCAGUUUCAACCGUGGCUACCCUAGUGGAACGUCGUUAUCAAUCCGGCACCAUGGACGACACGAUCGACGAUGAAGUGAUUACGGCGGGUUCUACCAUCACCGUGGAGUUCAGCGGUGGCGCCGAGACAUUGUUUGGCGGAGUUCGGGAACAUGUGGUUCCACUGGACGGAUCCAAGAUUGUGCUUCUCGAAGAGAUGCUCCGGUGGCUUCGGGACAACUUGCUGACCGGCGAUGCUGGCCUGUUCAUGCAGGAAAACACCGUUCGGCCAGGCAUCCUCGUGAUGAUCAACGACACCGAUUGGGAUUUGAUGGGCGAAAUCGACUACAUCUUGCAGCCGGGCGAUCAUAUUUUGUUCAUUUCCACCCUCCACGGUGGAUAAGCGUUGGCGGCACGAGUCGGAAUCUGUGAUAAAUUGUUUAUUAUGAGUGUUUGAAAGGAGCAGAAUGGUUGCGGACGUUCACGAAUUGUGACUAGAUGUUUUUUUCUUUUCGCUUAAGUUCAUUAACCAAAAUAAUUAAAACACGCGGAGGCGGCGUUAGUCCGUCUCGGAUUUGAUUUCAAUGUUUGAACAAAAGUGUAACAUUUUUCUUCUCUAGAGACUAAGAGCAAACAGAAAGCCACAAGUUGCGCACGUCAGUAUCUUUUUAUACUACAAAUUUAAUUAUAUGUAACGAAGAAGGAAAAAAAAACAGAAGAAAAAAUAUACUAAUGCAAGUGUAAAUUAUGCUUU